AUGGCAGAGAAAUGCGUAGUGUCGCAGUGCUGCUGUGGCUGCACGCUCCGCACAGGGGCCUUGGCGACAGCCAUCUUCUGCUUGGUGUCAGCUAUACUGAACGUCAUCGUCAACGUGCAUGCCCUGGUCUCUGAAAGAGCGCAGAGCAGCUGGUUCAACAUCAUAGUCAGCGUCGUGGUGCUCAUAAUAGCAAUUCUUCUGUUGGUUGGAGUUAAGAAGGAACGGCCAAACCUGAUCAGGAUUUGGAUUUACGUGGAGAUCGUGCUGGUGAUAUUGACCCUGAUCAGCUCGCUGAUUGUCUUCUUCACGGCCUGGGACUUCGGUGUGCCCAUUAUUUCUCUGUGUGAAAUAAUGGGAGAGAAACACAAAUGGGAGAGAGAAAUAACGUUGACACUCAGAGAAAUGAGUGGGACUUUGUCCAAAUAGCGACGCACUUUUUGUAGAUCACUCUAACCUUGUUUGGAUCGGCACAAUGCGUAUCGGUGCUAGGUCCGCUAUCUGCUCGUGCGGUGGAUAAGAAAGAGCGUCACUAUUAGGACAUUAUGACCCAAUCAUAUUUCUGAGUGUUAAAUAAUCAAGAGGUAACUACGGAAACCAUAAACGAUGAACAUCGAACAAGCGCGGCGAUACCAACAAGACAUGCAGUGCAAUAUUGAUUUCGGUGUUAGCAUUCGAUAGCAGAUAAGAAGGAACAACAAUCAGUAAUGGACCCAAGCCUUCCUCUUUUUCGAAAUGAACCCUACAGGAAAUAUGAACGCCGUCUAAUUUUAUAUUCCCCAGUUCUAGAAGUGACAAGUACUGCCCAGAACCUUGAUAAAAUAUUGGG